CGGUGGCCGGGUCCGGCGCGGGGCGCGGGCUAGAGGCGGGUGCAACUGGCCCGCGGGCGCCGCACUAUGCUCCCCAGCGCCGUGGCAGCUGGCGCGUACUGGGACGUGGUGGCUUCCUCCGCGCUCCUCAACCUUCCGGCAGCACCGGGCUUUGGCAACCUGGGCAAGAGUUUCCUGAUCGAGAACUUGCUGCGGGUCGGAGGCUCCCCGGCCCACGGGCUGCAGCCACCCCCACCCCACGGCCCGGCGGCCUCCCUAGUCACAGCUGCGGGCGCGCAGCUCCGGCCCCUGCCCGCCAGCCCCGUUCCCCUCAAGCUGUGCCCAACAGCCGAGCAAGUCGGCCCCGCCGGGGCACCCUACGGCACGCGGUGGGCAUUUCAAGUGCUCAGCCCCUCGGCGGACGGCGCGAGGCUGCCGGGCCGGGCUCCGGAGGACCGAGACUGUGCUUUCCAGCCUUCUGCCCCAGGGCCUCCCAAACCUUUUCUUCUGAGUGCUCCAGCAUUCUACUCUGCGUGCUGUGGUGGGUCCUGUCGGCGCCCUGCAUCCCCCUCCGCUUUUCCAAGAGAAGAGAGUGUGCUGCCUUUGCUGACACAGGACUCUAAUUCCAAAGCUCGGAGGGGCAUUUUAAGAAGAGCUGUAUUUUCUGAGGACCAGAGAAAGGCUCUGGAGAAAAUGUUUCAGAAGCAAAAAUACAUCAGCAAAACAGACCGAAAGAAACUUUCCAUCAACUUGGGACUAAAGGAGUCACAGGUGAAAAUUUGGUUUCAAAACAGAAGGAUGAAAUGGCGGAAUUCCAAAGAAAAGGAAGUGCUUUCCAAUAGGUGCAUCCAAGAUGUAAGCCUUCAAGAGGAUCCUCUCUCACAAUCUGCUCUGGGAUUCUCUUCUCCAUGUCCUUCAAUAUGGGAAGUCUCCCAACAGCACUCAAGUCCAAGAUGGAGGGAGAAUUCUCCAGAACCUUCAGAAAAACUAAUCCAGGAGAGUUCAGGGGCACCACCUCCAGAAGCAAAUUCACUGCAUGGUGCCUUGUAUUUGUCUUCUGAGGAAGAAGCUGGAGACAAGGGUGCACUUACUAGGGCCAUAUGAAUGGAAGCAUUUCUAUAUGUUAAUUUAUAAGAACACUUAAUCAACAACAUUUGAAAUCUAAAGCCAAUUAGCUUUUGCCUCAUCAUUGCCUAAAACCUAACACCUUCAGAAUGAUGCAUGAACUAAUGCUUUAGAAAAAUCCACUCCAGUGUUCUCUUAUUUAGCCCUAUACUCAGACUUAACUUGUAAGUGGAAUAGAAUCUUCCAGGACAGAUGAUGGAACUAAAAAGAAUAAGAGCAAGCUUUGGCUCAGUCCCUGCUCUGAGUAUGUGAAUAUAUGCAUAUGUCUGUAUGUGUAUAUAUAUGUAAAUAUUCAUUACAGUACAUUGGUAGAAACUCAAUUAUCUUCAAAUACUGCAUUGAGAAAAUUCAUUUCCUUUUUUUAUGAAGAAAAAUAAACCACUGACAGAAUGUUAUAAAUUUUUUGGAAAUAAUGUAAAAUUUGAACUUUAUCCAAACUUUCAUACCACAAGAAUAUGUUUUGAUAAUUUCUCAGGGGCUAGGGCUGUAGCUCAGUAGUAGACUGCUUACUUAGCAUACACAAGGCCCUAGGUCAAUCCCCAGAAUAGCAAAAAAAGAAAACAAAAUUCUCUUAUUUUAUGACUUCUUUUAGUAUCCAACUAUAAGUGAAUUUUAGCAACUCAGCAAUCCUAAUCAAAUGAGCCACAGUUAUAUACACUGAAGAUAUACAUUAAAAUGAACCCAAGAAUUUCUGAAUAUAACUGUUAGUAUGCUUAAUUUUCAAGUCUCUGGACUUUAUCAGGCCAUCAGUGAGAGAGGUAUCCAUUUAACCAAUAAUUAUUUUUUUAUUCUUUCUCAAAGAGAAGAGAAUCAAAAAGAGAGAGAGAGGCUUAGAGCAGGGUUUGCAAAAUGAAAUGGAUGCCUUUGAGGGCCUGGUAGAUAAACAGAGGUCAUGGUUUACCUAAAGGUAGUUGAGUUCAAUAAUUUUCCAACCCUGUGUUGGCCAAACAAAACAUCUGUGUCAAGUAGUUUGUGACCUCUGGCCAAAAAUAAAGAAAGCUGCAGUGUUAUGGCUCUUAAAAUGUUCCCAACUGGACUUAAAAACACAAUACUGAUGGAAUCUAUGAUGAUUUCUGUUUGCACUUCUAGUUACAGGCUCAAUUUUCCACUUAGUUGGCAUACACUAUGUAUAUUGGGUUAUUUUAUGUAUUAACAAACACCACACAGAUGUUUUAUGUUUUUGACAACCCUGAAAUAGUGUUUUUAUAAAAUUACAUUUCUGGUAACGAUUUGCUUAGUUAAUCCAGCAAUUUUAAUUUCAUGUCCAAGAAAAAAUUAUGUUUCACUUUGAAGGAAAUGAAGCAGAAAAAGGAAAUGAUGUGGUUUUGAACCAAGCUGUCAUUGAUCUGUGGAUAAGAAACAUUCCUAGAAGUUCAUUAUGUGGCAUUUUGUUAGUGAACAAGCUACGUAAUGAUGGUGGCUUCUAAUGUGCUUACCUUCUCAGCUAUAGCCUUUGAAGGGUUGGCAUUUAGAAAAGGCACUAUUUCAGAAGAUAAUGGUUUUAAUCAACAUCAGGAAAUUAUUUUUUAUGAAAGGAUUUUUUUUGUUGGUAUAUGUCUUUAUCGCAUGAUCUUUUACUUUCACUUGGAAGCUCAUCUCUAUGCCUCCUUGCUGGGAGUGGGGGGCAGGGAUUUGCUAACAACGGUUUAAAUUUUAAGAGCUGUUUUAAAGUGAUUUAAAGUACAGUUUCUUUUUAUGAUGUUAACAUCAUUUACAUUUUUAGGGUCCUCUCUAGGUUUUAGACCCUGUGCUAAGCGUUUGGGUGUAUUAACUCAUUUAAUCCUCACAGAAAUAACUCUAUAAUGUAGACAGUAUUACUAUCAGGGUUCUGGUUGCGGGACAAGGGACCUGAGGCAGAAUAUGGUUCAAGUGCUUAUAUAAGGUCCUGAGGUAAAUCAAUGGGAUUUGGACCCUUCCAGUCAAGUUUCAAGUCUUGAGGUUUUUAACAGACUCAAGGGGUCCAUAGCACUAUGGACACAUAGUGUCCACAUUGUGUGGGAUGCUUUAUAAAAGAUACAUUCUGCCAAUUUUGAUGAGAUUUAUUAAAGAAAUUCAGAAGCACAUGAUGUUUUAUAAUCUCUUUCUUAAGGAAUGAUUUUCUCUUUAGUAUUCUCUUUUCUGCCAGAUUUUGAAGUUUAGGGAAAGUAAAGUACUAUGGGAGUGUUUAAGUGUGCAAAGGAAAUGCUUUUUUUUUUUUUUAAAUCUCUCACUCCCCAAAUCAUGAAGUGCUUGUCUGUGGUUACAGUUCCUUGAGAAUAACUUGAAUUUUGAAAGAGAGAAAGUUGUCAAGACCAUCUUAUUACCUAGAUUGUAGAAAUGGGCUAAUUGGUGCUUAAAUGUCUUUCAUCAGAAAGCUCUGAGGCCCAGAAAAGGUUUCACUUUGUAAAACUGGCCUGAUAUUUGAAUAUACAAAUCAGUCUUUUAAUUAUCUUCCAUUCUGGAAUGCCGUAGGCUUAGGCUAUGGAUGGACAUUUUAGUGGUGCCUAGGAAAUUCACAGACACAUACACGACAGGUAUGCAUGUGCCCUUUAUGCUUUGAUUUUGCUUUCUGUUGCCAGAAUUGCUGGAGGGAAGGAUUGAGCACUGAUAUACCAUCAACAAGGGUCUCCCUUCUCUCUCAGCUCAUGUUCCUGAUAACUAUCCCACCCUACCGACCCAUGGCCUGAGGUGUCCAUUUUCCUGUUAUCUUGGUACAGUUCCUUUUCCGCAGGUGAUCAUGCAUUAGCAUAUUUGCUCUCUGCUUUUCAGACAAAUGCUGCUUUAAUUGGCACCAGGGCUAUAGAAGGAGGUCAAAGAAAUUAUCAAGUGGCUCUUAAGCAGAUGAGAAGAAAUAAAUGAUGAGCAUUAUCUCUAUUUUUUAAAAAGUAUUUAGGGUUGGAAAUAUAUGAACAGGUAUUAUUACUGGCUCUGGAAACAUUGAAGGUCAUGAUCAUUAAAGUUUAAAGGAUAUUUCUUAGUAGUCAGAUGGUUUGCAUGGGAACCCAAUUAUAUAAAUAACUCAGUAGUUCUCAGAAUUUAAAAAUCAUAUACAUGAUCAUGCCAUACCUUCCAACAAGGUUUGGAUAUACACACAUAUCUGGACAUACAUACUCCUUCAACAUCCAUACCUUCCAAUCCACCCUUAAAAUCAAUACACAUUUUUUUAACUUUUCAAACAUAAAACCAUAAAGAAAUACACUCGUCCAACCCACAUGUGUUCCUUCUGGUCCCCUUCACUCCCUUUUUCUGAUGCAUUUUGGGUGUUAUCAACUCUUUUAAUGCACUUCCUUUAAAAGUUACACAUGCCUCAAUGUGUUCUAUGCCCCAUCCAUCCCUCAGUUGCUAAUGGUUCCAUCAAUCUCUGUUGGCCUUUAAAAACCAUGAAGUUCAUUCCGCUGGACUCAGAAGCUUGUUAAACACUGCAUUUUCAGCUGUCUGAAAUCCCCCCAGUAUUUUUGGUUUCUGGAAUUCAACACUUAUUGGGCACUUGUGAGAAACAUUGUCCUAGCCUUUGUGCCAACAAAUAUGAGAAAGAGCAUAGUCCUUACCCUCUCAGAGUUUAUAAGUUCGUCUUUUCACCAAGCAACUUUUGAAAUAUUCCCUGCUGCUGUUGACAGGAUCUGUUGAAUUUGGGGCAAAAAUAAACAAACUUUUGAUAUCCUCCAAAAACCCUGCCUCUCUAUUUGCAGAAAGAGAAUUCUUAUGUGCUUAUGUGCUCUACUGUUCAGAAAAUACAAGCUGCUCAACAGUGCUGGUUUUCUAUGCUCUCCCUCCUCCGGGCCAUAGUAGUCCAGGAGGAGUUAGAAAGAGUCCAGAAAUGAAUUCAGCAGUUCCCUUUUGUUUAGGGUGGACGCUUUCUCUCUCUUUUUUUUCUUUCAGCCUUCUCAGCCUCAGUGGGAAGACAGAAGAAAAAGCAGAUAAUCGAAGCAGGGAAAUUCAGGAUAAUGAGUGUUCUUGAAUAUAUAAGGGAAAUGUUGCAAGAUUAAUUUAUAUCUUUUUCAAACCAUUUCUGAAUUAGGCAACUACCAUAAUGAUGUAUAGGACUUAUGCCUAUAAGUCCUUAUGGUUCUUAGCUUCCAGUUGUUGCCUGGGUUAUAUUACAUUACAUUGCAUUAUUAGUUUGGGGUUAUAAAGAAAUAGACUCAAAAACACACUGAACAAAGUAAAAUUCAUAUGUAAUUCCACUUUCUGGAGAUAGCCAACUUAGCUCUUUUAUGAAAAAAAUUUUAGUCAUUUUAAAAUGUAUGUUAAUGUAAAUACUUGUGUCUCAACAGAUUUGGAUCACAGUGUAUAUUCAAUUUUUCCCAAUUUUUUUUU